GUUCAUAAUCGCCGGCCGGCUAGGCGGCAACGCGCCAAGUGGUGUUUACUUUUUUUUUAUUCGGCGUCUUUGUUAAAGUUAUAACUGCGUGUUGUUUAAAAUAAAUUCAUAAUAUUUUAACUUUAGAUUAGGACAACAUUUGAACUUCCAAUUAAAUAUUUAAACUUUUCUGAGUACCUACUAAAAACCACGAUGUGUGGGUGCACGAGGGUCCUGCGGGCCUGCAGACAGCUGCCGCGGCCGUGGCACCGCGGCUUCAGCUCCUCCGCGGCGCCCCCCAAUGUACCGGGAGUGCCUUACUCCAAACUCACCAUAGGAGUCCCUAAAGAAAUAUGGGAUAAUGAACGAAGGGUAGCGAUAGUACCAGCGGUAGUUAGCAAAUUGGUGAAGAAGGGGUUCAGUGUGAACGUGGAGGAGAACGCGGGGGCGGCGGCCAACUUCCCCAACAUGGCGUAUGAGGAGGCGGGCGCCAGGGUCGUCAGCCUGCCCGACACAUUCCAGUCUGAUAUAAUACUCAAAGUCCGUCCGCUCGUGAGUAACGAAGUUCAGAGUGUACGUGAUGAAGGAACCCUGAUUUCCUUCCUGUAUCCAGCUCAGAAUCAGGAGCUGAUCAAACAGUUGGCAGCUAAGAAAGUUAAUGCUUUCGCGAUGGACUGCGUGCCGCGCAUCAGCCGCGCGCAGGCGUUCGACGCGCUGUCGUCCAUGGCCAACGUGGCCGGCUACCGCGCCGUCAUCGAGGCCGCCGCGCACUUCCCCAGGUUCUUCUCCGGCCAGAUGACGGCAGCAGGCCGCGUGCCUCCCUGCCGGCUGCUGGUAGUCGGCGGCGGCGUGGCGGGGCUGGCGGCGGCGGCGCAGGCUCGCUGCAUGGGCGCCGCGGUGCGGGCCUUCGACACGCGCCCCGCAGUGCGCGAGCAGAUCGAGAGUUUGGGUGCCCAGUUUAUUACUAUGGAUAUGAAGGAAGACGGCGCGGGCGAGGGCGGCUACGCUCGCGAGAUGAGUCAAGAGUUCUUAGAUGCGGAGCGCGCCCUACUGGGCAAGGAGGCACGCGCGUCGGAUGUCGUCAUCAGCACCGCGCUCAUACCGGGGAAACCAGCGCCCGUGCUUAUACUGGAGGACGCAAUCCGCGACAUGGCUCCCGGCAGCGUGAUCGUGGACCUGGCAGCGGAGAUGGGCGGCAACAUACAGACGACGCGCAAGGGCGAGAUCGUGAAGAUCCACGGAGUGACCCACAUCGGCCUCACGGACCUGCCGAGUCGUAUGCCCGCGCAUGCGUCGACGUUGUACGCGAAUAAUAUAUCCGGGCUGCUGCUUAGCAUGGGUACAAAGGACCACUUCCACAUCGACCUACAAGACGAGGUAACCCGCGGCGCGAUAGUCCUCAAAGCCGGGGAGCUACUCUGGCCCGCGCCGCCGCCGCCCAGCAUGGCGCCCGCACAGGCGGUGGCCAAGCCAGCGGCGGUGGAAGUAGAGCCCCCUAAUCCGUUCAAUGAUACGCUGAAGGACGCGUUCUUGUAUUCUACUGGUCUUGCUUCCUUGAUUGCUCUUGGAGUUGGGUCGCCGAACCCAGCAUUCACCACGAUGACCACUACACUAGCAUUAUCAGGCGUGGUAGGCUACCACACAGUAUGGGGCGUGGUGCCCGCCCUCCACUCUCCUCUCAUGUCGGUGACCAACGCGGUGUCGGGCAUCACGGCCGUGGGCGGCCUGCUGCUGAUGGGCGGCGGCUACGUGCCGGAGACACAAGUACAGUGGCUGGCGGCGACAGCGGCCCUCAUCUCGUUUGUGAACGUGUUCGGAGGAUUCAUGGUCACGCAGCGCAUGCUCGACAUGUUCAAGAGGCCGGGUGACCCGCCAGAAUAUGGAUACUUGUACGCCAUCCCCGCCGCUGCACUGCUCGGCGGGUACCUCACUACGGCUAUGCAGGGUUACCCGGAGGUGCACCAGAUGGCGUACCUGGCGUCGUCGCUGUGCUGCGUGGGCGCGCUGGCCGGCCUCAGCUCGCAGACCACGGCCAGGAAGGGCAACUACUUGGGAAUGAUCGGAGUGGCGGGUGGUAUAGCAGCCACAUUGGGUGCUCUAACCCCCUCGGCCGAGGUGCUGGCACAGAUGGUGGGCGUGGCCGGGCUGGGCGGGCUGAUGGGCGGGGCUAUUGCCAAGAAGAUCGAGAUCACUGACCUGCCUCAACUGGUGGCUGGCUUCCACAGCCUGGUGGGCAUGGCGGCGGUGCUGACGUGCGUGGCGACGUACAUGCACGACUUCCCGGCCAUGGCGCUCGACCCGACUGCUACUACACUCAAGACCUCGCUCUUCCUCGGGACUUACAUUGGAGGGAUCACUUUUACUGGUUCCCUAGUAGCGUACGGCAAGCUCCAAGGCUCUCUAUCCUCCGCGCCGCUUCUGCUCCCGGGCAGACACUGGUUGAACGUGGGUCUACUGGCCGGCUCGCUGGGCUGCGGCGGCGCGCUGCUGACUAUGCCGGAGCAGUUCGGGCUGCCCGCGCUGCUGGCUGCUGCUACCCUGAGUGGAGCGCAGGGGCUGACGCUUACUGCUGCUAUUGGAGGCGCGGACAUGCCGGUGGUGAUCACGGUGCUCAACUCGUACUCGGGCUGGGCGCUGUGCGCGGAGGGCUUCAUGCUCAACAACUCGCUCAUGACCAUCGUGGGCGCGCUCAUCGGGAGCAGCGGCGCCAUACUGUCGUAUAUCAUGUGCAAGGCGAUGAACCGCUCCCUGCCCAACGUGAUCCUGGGCGGCUACGGCGUGACGUCAUCAUCCUCGGCGGCGCGCUCUGACCUUACACACACUGAGGUUAACGUCGACUCCACCGCCGAGAUGGUUCAUCGAGCGAGCAACAUCAUCAUCACGCCUGGGUACGGUCUGUGCGUGGCGAAGGCGCAGUACCCGAUCGCGGAGCUGGUGGGCGUGCUCAAGGGCAUGGGCAAGCGCGUGCGCUUCGCCAUACACCCCGUCGCUGGUCGCAUGCCGGGCCAGCUGAACGUGCUGCUAGCUGAGGCUGGCGUUCCAUACGAUGAUGUAUUGGAGAUGGAGGAGAUCAACGAUGACUUCCCCGACACCGACCUCGUGCUCGUUAUCGGAGCGAACGAUACGGUGAACAGCGCGGCGGAGGACGACCCCGGCUCGCCCAUCGCCGGCAUGCCCGUGCUCAAGGUGUGGAAGGCGCACCAGGUGGUAGUGAUGAAGCGGUCGAUGGGCGUGGGCUACGCGGCGGUGGACAACCCCGUGUUCUACAACGCCAACACCGCCAUGCUGCUCGGCGACGCCAAGAAGACCUGCGACGCACUGCUCGAGAGAGUCAAGCAUCUCGCCGCGUGAUAGCAUAGCAUUUAUAGUGUCAUUACCGACACAUUAUGGCCUGUGCCUUGAGUGUGAGUUUUUUCACCUAUCGAGAAGUGAAAUCUAUGCUCUUAGCAUUAAGUCCACCUUUUGUGCAUUUAUUAUAUAUUUGUGCAAUAAAGAAUUAAAUAAAUAAAUAAAUCUAAAACGCAGAUUUGUAUGGCGCGGAGCUAGUACAGCUACUUACCGCUAGGUGGCGUGUCUCCCGCACCAUACAAAUUUGUGUUUCGAUUUCACUUCUCGAUAAGUGAAAAAACUCGCACUCAAGGCACUGUACUCAAAUACACUACAGUAUUACUCGAUCGAGCUAAACUGUCGAGUAAAACCCAUGGCAUAAUUACUUUCAUUUAAUUUCAUCGAGCUGCGAGUGUUGUGUUUCUCACGUAGAAUUUUACUCGACUUCUAGUAAAACUAUCGAGUAAUAACGAUAGUGAGUACGGCAAUUACACUUUGUAAAAUAGAGCUUGAGCCCUAUGACAGCUGUUAAAUCUAAUCUAAUCUUACGUCAGAGGACUCAUGAUAUAUUUUACAAAGUUUAGCAAUCAACAAUCCUUGUAAGAGUGAGAAGGAGCGAGUGACUAGACCGGGUGGCACGGCAUCUUUAUCGACGUAGAUGAGCUUGUUUAUCUCACGUUCCACCAAUCUCAUCGCUGUGUUAUCGCGAAUCUCGUUGUAGUGACGUUUAUCUACGUCGAUAACGGUUCGAUGUGAGUGAGGCAGGAUUCAGGAAGCUGUGACCAAGCUUUUGUCUUGCGUAUAUGCUUGUUAGAAUGCUGGCAUAUGCUGCAUAGAAUUAUUAUAAGGAUCGCAAACUGAUAUAUUUUUUCUAAAGGUCGAUUAUUUUAAAAAUAGAUAUUGUAGUAAUUAGAUGUAAACUCGAACUGAAUCCAUCAUUAUAAGUAACCGCUGUGCCUAUAUAUGUUAUUUUCAAAAAUACAUGCUACCUCUAUAUUUGCUAAACUUUAAUCUGGAUGCUUAAUGCUUUCUCAGUAUUAACACAUUCAUGAUAUUUGAAUCAUGAAUGAUUGAGCUAUUGAUCUAUACACAAACUAUACAUCACAAUAACCAAUCUCUUACGAAAAUAAUGUAAUUAAGACUUACAAGUGUAUAAUGAUCGGUCAAUGAAAGUAAAAGUAUAUCCAGUUAUACUUGAAACUGGGUGACAUAAUCUGUAUGUAUUCGCUCAAUAGGAUAAGAUAAUUUUUUUUUUCUAACUAGGCUUAUGUUAUUUUUAUAAAUUCUAGUGCCUUAGUUUCAAUUUUAGCUUAUGGCUAGAUAGCUUUAAAUCUAUGUCAUUAGAAUUUAAGUAAUUUUAGAGUGAUGCACACUAUGCACAGUUAAAUUGUCUUUUGACAUUACUCACUUACAAAAUUAUACUUAUAUUUUUGACUUAAUUGCAAUUACCACAUUAUGCCUUUCCAAAUGUACUUAGGCGAUUUUGACUGAAAUUUUAUACCAAAUUGUUUUUGUUAUGUCUAUCGGCAUAUUGACUGACGAAAUUUUAUAAAGACUUUAUUAAAGAUAUUAUUAUAAUUAAAGAAACAGGCAUAUACAACAAAUGAAGUUAUAUUUGAGAUUUUGUAUUAUUUACAUCAGAAGAGAUUCAUAUUCCCAGUGAGUUCUAUCCUAAGUCUUCCAAGAAUAAGUUCACUUUUGUUUGCUCUGCCCAUAACAUUCCAUUAUGUCUUCUAAUGGUGUGUAGGUUUUUUUACCAAAUAAGAGUACAUUUUGGAUGUUGUAAUUCUUAAUUUACAGAAGCUGUUUUAUGUUACAGUUAAAACAGUGCAUGUAUUUCAAUAAUAAUGUAAAUACAAUCAUGUAUCAUUUUGUUACUUAUAAAAUCUGCAUUCCAUGUGUUCUACCCAGAUUAGUGAAUUUGCUAGCAAUAUUUGAAAUUGAUAUGUUUUUAUUAGCCUGUCAAUGCAUGUCUUAGUAAAUGAAUAAAAUAAAUACCCAAU